GUUCUUGUAACCAAUUCAGAUACAGAAACUGUAAUUCAGGCAGCUGGCACUGUUCCUGGUUCUACAGUUACUAUAAAAACAGAAGAUGAUGAUGAUGGCAAGAGCACAUCUGAAGACUAUUUAAUGAUAUCUUGUUUGUGAUGUUCAAACUCCCACAGUGGAUUGCUAGCUCUUGAUCCAUACGAUGACACUACAUGCACAAUGCUGGUGAUCCUAUACCCACUACAGAACCACACUGGAGCGGUCUUUUAGGGGUAAGGUAAUAUUCCACCACCACCUCCUUUUAAAAACCUAUUACAGCAUAGCAGGGGUGGACAACUUUGUCUUGCUUUGAGCCAUUUCCCCUAACUAACAAGCAAGUCUGCUUCCACUUUGAUAGGCUUCCACCGCUCCUAGUAACCAUGCAGUUGUAUGGUGGCUGGGCUAGAGAAUGUGUUGCUACUAGUCCGUAGAUUUAUUGUGUGGGUCAUGGGCACAUAAGCCGCAGACCGCGUCCUCAGAAAUGAUGCUGUGGACCAGAGCAUGAGUAGAAGGGCCACAUCUGGUAUGUUGGCUAAAUGUUAUCCACCCCUGCCGUAUGAUGUUGCGUAGUUUGCUACCAUUAUAAAUUCAUUCCUAUACUGUUCCCUGUAAAAGAAACUCAGAAAAUCAAAUCUUCAAACAUUUUGCACAGCUGUAAGACUUUGGCGCCUUUUUCAUGGGCUAUUUUAUGGUGGGUGUCAUAUCACCAGCAUAGUGCAGGCCGAGGCAUCACAUGAAUUAGGAGCUGGCAAUCCACAGUGAACCUGAACAUCUCACACCUGGAAACUGCUAAGCAAGUGGAUGAUGUUGGGGAAAAGCUAGAUCAUAUUGGAAACACUCCCUUAAAAAUCAGCACUGAAGUGUCACACGAUGACGUAUCUAAAGAUGAUGGGUUUGGUUCUGAAGUUAUUAAAGUUUACAUAUUUAAAGCUGAGGCUGAGGACGAUGUGGAAAUAGGUGGAACAGAAAUUGUAACAGAGAGUGACUUUCAUAAUGGGCAUUCUGUAGCUGGAGUUCUAGAGCAAGGAGGCGUUGGCAGAGUUCAGCGAGAGAAGAUGGUUUAUAUGGCUGUUAAGGAUUCCUCUCAAGAGGAUGAAGAUAUUAGUUGUGCUGAAAUAGCAGAUGAAGUGUAUAUGGAGGUCAUUGUGGGAGAAGAGGAAGCAACGUCACUCCCUGAGGCACAGCUUGAAGAAUCGGGUGUGAAUAAAACUUUUGUUCCUGUUGCAUGGGCUGCUGCUUAUGGAGAUGAUAGAAGAUUGCCAAGGAGAUAUGAGGACUGUCAAACAUCAGGAACCAACUUGGAAGCAAGAUUAGAAAACAAAAAUGGUAAUGCAACACAAUACCUGCAAAUCUGUGAUAGCAUUAGCACAAACAGACUGCUUAAGCAGAAGGCCAAGAGAAGGAGAAGAGGGGAAGCAAGGCAGUGGCAAACAGCUGUUAUAAUAGGUCCUGAUGGGCAGCCUUUAACCGUCUACCCUUGCCACAUAUGUGGGAAAAAAUUCAAAUCCAGAGGAUUCUUGAAAAGACAUAUGAAAAAUCACCCAGAUCACAUGAUUAAGAAGAAAUACCAGUGCACAGACUGUGAUUUUACAACUAAUAAGAAAGUGAGCUUCCACAAUCACCUGGAAAGUCAUAAGCUUAUCAACAAAGUGGACAAAACCCACGAAUUCACAGAGUACACCAGGCGGUACAGAGAAGCAAGCCCUCUCAGUUCCAAUAAGCUGAUCUUAAGGGAUAAGGAGCCUAAAUUGCACAAGUGCAAGUAUUGUGACUAUGAGACUGCGGAGCAAGGGCUGCUUAACCGGCACUUGCUCGCAGUUCACAGCAAGAACUUCCCUCAUGUUUGUGUGGAGUGUGGGAAAGGCUUCCGCCACCCUUCCGAACUCAAAAAGCACAUGCGGACCCACACAGGGGAGAAGCCCUACCAGUGCCAGCACUGCGUCUUCCGUUGCGCCGACCAGUCCAACCUGAAGACGCACAUCAAAACCAAGCACGUGACCGACCUACCCUUUAAGUGUGAACAUUGCCCUCAGGCGUUUGCAGAGGAUAAAGAACUGCAGGAGCACUUGGAGCUGUUUCAAGGGCAUAAGACUCACCAGUGUUCGCACUGCGAGCACAAGAGCACUAAUUCGAGCGACCUCAAGCGACACGUCAUCUCUGUCCACACAAAAGACUUUCCUCACAAGUGUGAGGUGUGCGAAAAGGGUUUCCACCGUCCCUCAGAGCUUAAAAAGCACAGUGAGUCUCAUAAAGGUAAAAAGAUCCAUCAGUGUAGGCACUGUGACUUUAAAACGUCCGAUCCUUUUGUACUUAGCGGGCAUAUCCUCUCUGUUCAUACCAAGGACCUGCCUUUUAAAUGCAAACGUUGCAAGAGGGGGUUUAGGCAACAGAUAGAACUAAAGAAGCACAUGAAGACCCACAGUGGAAGGAAAGUCUACCAAUGCCAGUAUUGUGAGUAUAGCACUACAGACGCAUCGGGUUUUAAGCGGCACGUCAUAUCGAUACACACAAAAGACUAUCCACACAGGUGCGAGUACUGCAAAAAGGGAUUCCGUAGGCCAUCAGAGAAAAACCAGCAUAUAAUGAGGCACCACAAAGAAGCUCUAAUGUAACCUCUGAGCUGUGGAAAGGAGUAAUGUAGAAACUGUGAUGUGCUAAUUGGGAAAGAAAAAACUCUCAUGAACUGUUUCUCCUGGUUUCAAAGCUUGAUAUUAAACCAUAACUUUACAUUCUUUGUAUUAAAAGUCUUUAAAAAGUAUUAGGGUUGACAAGGGAGCUUAUAGGCCCUAUGAUUGUUGCUCAUCAGAACCUAAAGAACAGUAAUGCAUAGAGAGGAAUGAAUGUCUGAGAAGCUGCAGAAUGAGACCUUGAAUGUCUUCUGUUUAAAGUAUUAUACAUUAUUAAGCUAAAGGAAAUAAUACGACAGUUAUCUUAGCCCUUUAUCAAUAACGCCAUUUUAUCUCCUCAAGGAAAACCAGGGACAGGAGUUCUUUACAAAGAUUUGCAAAGGCAAGUCUUCCAUAUGCGGUUUUUGAACAGUGACACUGGAUAGAAAUCCAAUCAUCACGGCAUUUUUAAUUGUGCUCAGAAACAGUAUUCCAGAACUGGUCAGAUUUUGAAAUCUGGCCUUCAUUUUCUUUUUAAAAACAAGCAUACUUUUCAGCAGGAAACAUUUGUCUCCAUUUAUUUAGGUUGAAAGAGCAAUUUUUUCAAAGCUGCUAACCUAUUUUAUUGCAGGAUGCGGUGUUUAAAAUACAGCAUUAUGUUUUUGAGCUCAAAAAGUGUUGUUCGGUGCUAAGGUUAAAGAUGUGUGUGCGUGCGUGUAUAAUUUCCCUUUUUAUCUGAACCUGCAGUUGAAUGUUUAAUAUGGCAAAUAUGGCAAAAUAUAUUUUGGCCGAUCUAAUUAUUACUUUAAGAAAAACGGAUGGGUGCGGCUGAUGGUGCUAAGACUCGGCGCUGUUUUUUUUUCUUCACUAUCUUCCAUUUUUAAAAAGAAACAAGUAUCAAGAUAGAAAGAACACAAUCAUUGGAAAUGCCUGGUGAAUCUUUAGGACCAGUGUUCCUGGCAAAGUAGGAUUAAUACGGUCCUUAUUUGCAAUUUGCUUCGUUUUGUUUUUAAAAAUCAGUAUAGACAUGAAAAUUGCACCUUUUAAUGAAUUCAUACAAAAUGUAUACCAUUCUAUGAACAUGCAUUCUCAAUCUGUAAGAAAAGUUAUAUAUGCAGUAUUUAACCAGAACAAUAUGCUGCCACUAGAGUUUGGAGGUGGAUCUUCAGUUUACAGUGUAUACAUUUGAAAUAUGCAUCCCUUUAAACAAUGCUUUGUGUUAGCAUGCUGCAAAUCAAAAUGGCGCUUAAUAUAACAAGCUGGUCUAGGGCUAUUUAAUAAUUAAAAACUGUUCAUAAAUGUUAUGCAUAUAAUGUGUCCUUUUUUAAACAUUUUUUUAAGUUGCUUCAUGUUUGCACACAGCUAUUCACAUGAUAAAUUGUAUCUUCAUGCUACUAUAUUGUGGCUUUGUGUUUCGGACAAUGUUCAUACUUUGUUUUUGCACCAGAUGAGAAUCAGUUCCUUGAGAAUAAUUUUUUUUUAAUAUUUCUAAAUUUCAGAAAGUUAACUUUGGGAAACCUUAGAAAACUACUUGUGUUCUAUGUGGCUGUAAAAAAAUGAUGUACACGCUGUAAAAUAAGAUUGUCACUGUUAUGUGGGAUUAUUAUUAUUAUUUUGAAAUGUGUUACUCAUUGUAAUGAGCAUACAAUAAAAAGCAUCUCUUGCACUCCAA